AUGGAGGUUAUAUUUUUUAUUUGCAUAAAUUUAUAUGAAUAGCUUAAGAAGUAUUUGCCUUAAAAUGUAGUUAUUUAAAUGGUUAGAAAAUUCAGUCUCUUGAAUAAAUUACAUUCAAGUAUAAGCGCUGACUGUUUAUUACUUUAUGAAAUUAAUAAAUUCAUAUAGCCUGAAAAGAGAUUACAAUCAAAUUUAUGA